GUCGCGACGAUCAAGUCCUCGUAGGGCUGGUGGUCAGCGAGUAACCCCCUUCGAGCCAACUAAUAUCUGCGACGUCUCAACUUUUCUGUAAUCCCAACAGCCAAUGAGUUCGUCGUCGGAAUGUGCCUGGUGGUUCUCAGCAUCGCAUCGGAGACCGAGUUCGACGUAUCUGCAAGGGUUUGUAUUGAUGCAUCUAGUCCUUCAUUUCAGCCGUGGAGUGGUUCGGGGCGUGUUAAUCUUUCGCUACUGCAUUUGGUAUUGCGGUGAUUCGGAUACCCAGAUACCCCUCUUUUAUUUGUCGCAUACCAUGUGCUCGAGGGAAAGGAUCUUACUUGGAGUAUUGUGUAAUGUUUUAUCUUAGUAUUCUCGCCGUCGUGGCAUCAAUCGUGUUAAUGUGUCAUAGUAAUCUAUAUCUCCCCUUUCCAGUCUCGAAGUCUCGUGGGCA